AUGGAGGGCUGUUACUUACAUAAUCCAGCCACUCCGCCCAGCCGCGCUGAAGCCGGCGAGGCGCCCGCCAGGCCGCGCGCGCGCCUUGCGAGGGGUGCUGCUGUCCCCCGAAAUAACGUGCUUUCCCCUCCAACCCCCACCCGGUUCUUUGGGGUCCAGGGUUUGGAGAGGUCGUGCUUUCAGAAAAACAUUUGCAUCGAUCGGGGUGUGCUUUACCUUCUUCAGUCCACAGUAAAGAAGCUGGAGACCCAAGGGCAGAGGGAAGCGGAGGGAACGCUUUGGGGAGAACCGGACGCCGUCCCUCGUGGGCUGGAAAAGUUUCGCGUUGGGAGGGAAGGCUGGGAGUCGCCUCUCCUGGCACCCGGCGCGAGCGGGGCUGCCUGGCCGGCGGCUACCUCCCGGUCCCCUCCUCCCUCACGGCCCUUCCUUUUUCGCCGCGGCCCCGCGCUAGGUGUCGCGGCCUCUCGGCCCAGAGACCCGGAGCGCGAGGUGCGGCGGCGGCGGCGGCGGCGGCCGAGAGCUCCGAGCGGAGGGCACGCCCCUGCCGCCCGCGCGGCCCCCGGGGUCCCGCUCGCCCCGCCCGGGCUCUGCGGACCCCGCCUCCUCCCGAGCCGCCGCCGGGGCCGGAGCCCCUCUCGGCUGGCCCGCGCGGGGCGCACCCCGGGCGCAGAGGGCAGCCACCUGCUCCCCGGGCUGCGCGGGGCAGCGAACAUCCAACGCCGCCCGGGCCCCGCGGCCCCGCGGCGCAUCCCCCCGGCCCUCCCCCCACCUCCCCCCCCCCCCCCCCCGCGUCCCCGCUCCGCCACCGCCCGCCUGUUGCUGCGGGGGCCGUUCCGGCGGCGGCGCGCCCGCACCCGGGGACGCGCUCCACCUGGGCGACGGGGGCCUCCCCGGGGACCCAAGGAGGGGCGGGGGCGUUUGAAAGGAUGGAAGAAGCCUCCCCUCCUGUCCACCCCCUUUCUGUUGUCAAUUAAGGACAUUUGGCCGUUACCCCCAGCUUCUCCUUUCUUUGGUGUUUCAAGUCCAGGGUGUGAAUUCCGAGGAGAUGGCAAACCUUUCCUACAGAAGCUGCCCAUCAGACCAGUGAAACCCGCAGGACAAAAAGUUCUAUUCAAGAAGGGAACAACAAGGAGGAAAAAAAGGUCAACAUUCCCAGGACAGAAGAACUCCUUGGCACUGGAACCCUCCUGGUCCAGUGAGGGAGGGAUGAGGGUCGCUCGUGUAUGAGGAUACACGGCCAUCAUCCAAAACUUCCCAGUUCAGGUGGAAGGAAGAGGUUGGACAAGAACUUGGCAUCCUCGUUGCCCAAAGGAUGGUUCGGACGGUGUGAGUGAGUCACAGAAGAUGUGUCUAGGAGAUACUGUGGACUCAGUUCCAGACCAUCGCCAUAAAACAAACAAUUCAAUAAAAGAGAGAGAGAGAAAGAGAGAGAGAGAGUGGAAGAAAGGGGCAGAGCAGGCUCCAUGCCUGGUGCAGAGCCCGAUGUGGGGCUAGAUCUCACGAACUGCGAAAUGACCUGAACUGAAAUCCAGAGUCUGACGCUCAACUGACUGACUGACCCAGCUGGAAGCAAAGGACUCCAAGAUGGGAAAAGCCACACAAUGGAGGGAUCCCAGCAUGCACCAGAUGUUCACGAAAUGACCACGUGGGUUGGAUCCCAUUCUCCAGAGGAUCCUAGCCCAAGAGACCAUAGUUGACUGGUAUCCUCAGACCCUACCGGGUAGUGUACCUGUGGGCUGUGGCACACCUGGAGGGAGAGCCACUCUCGACGGAUGAGGACACGCUGACAUAGAGAGGUCGAGGUGGCAGUCCAGACCAGGUGACGUUUCCUCAGUGUGCACGAACGCAGUACCACCAGACCAGGAACUGGGAUCAAAGUUUAGGAAGGAAAUCAACAUUUUAGUCAGAGGGUGGCUGGUUUCGGGGAGAGUGGGUAAGGCUCUGAAAAGGAAAACAAAUAGAUCUGAGGCCUCGUCAGGAUGUAGAAUAUAAGUGAAGAGGGGCAAGUGGUUGAGAGCUAAGGUUUUAAACGGGGAAGGCACUGGAGGACCAGCCCACCUGCCAAGCUGGUCUGCAGGCUCCCUGUGGACAAGCGUCUUCUCCGUGGGCUGCCGGAUCCAGCUCCUGCUGGUGCUGAUUGUUAAAUCUUUAGGAAGUUUGCAAGCCAGUCGUUAAAGCGCUGGUGGCGUGCAAUCAGAGAGUGUGUGCUCUACGGAAACUGGCAAUGACUACAAAUCAGAAACUUUUCUUUCCCUGGUCAGCUAGUAUUUUUUUUUUAAGUUUAUUUAUUUAUUUUGAGAGAGAUAGAGGGAGAGAGAGAGAGAGAAUCCCGAGCAGGCCCUGAGCUGUCAGUGCAGAGCCCAGUGUGGGGCUCGAACUCACAAAACGUGAGAUCGUGACCUGAGCUGAAAUCCAGAGUUGGAGGCCUAACUGGUUGAGCCACCCAGGCACCCCUCGAUAGCACAUUUUUUGGAUAGCACCUUUUUCUAUGGCAGGAUAGCACAUUUUCAUUUAUACAUAGGCAUCGAGGACACAACAGAGACUUACGAACCUCAGUCCUUAAACUGAGAGCUCCAAGUGAAAUAAACACUUGGUUAGUUGCUUCCUGCCAUCCGCCCUUCUCCUCGUUUUUAUGUGUGGGGCAUACUUGAGAGAUUCAGCGUGGCAGUGACUCUCAUUCCAUCAGUGGCACCUAAGGAGGCUAUGCAGCAGGCAGCAGGAUACCAUCGGUCCCCUUGAUUGGAAAUAAGUGCCUCAAAUACCCCAUUUUCUCCUGGUGAUCCAUCGUAGAGGUGCGACCCAUGCAGUUCUUAAGCCUAUUUAGAUUAUCAUAAUCUAUAACCUUGCAAGGACACAAGUCCCCCAUAGGCAGCUACUUUGUGAACGAGUUAUUUCCAUGUCUUUGAGAUCCUAAACCUGCCUCGCUGAAGCAUGAAUGCUUCUAGUAUUUUCUUUUAUCAUUACAAUAGACAUUUAUCUAAAGUAAUACGUUUGCAGCUCAAGUAGUUCUAAAUUGUACAUUUCCGGUUUAGCCAGCUUCUCCAAAAUAUUUCAAGGCAGCCGCAACCACAGAUUUCAAUUCCAGGAUUCUUUCUUUGCCCAUUCUUCUCUCUCUUUCCCAAGUAACUUCCUUCAGAUGCGGUUCGAGAUAGAUUUUACCCUCCUUAUAUUUUGUCCACUGCUCUGUAGGCAAAAUCCGCUGCCUCCUGGUCAGAUCCAAUGCUCUCUUUACGCGAAACAUCUUGCCGUUAUGAAUUUUCUCAGGAAGACUUCUUAUGGCCUCUCUCUCAUCAUCAUUCUUGUAUACUGUAUCAUCUCACAUGAACUGGACUUUCUUGAACCCUGGAGCAUUGUAAUACCAUUUUCAGAUACCCUCCAGCCACGGACUUGGUGCUGGAGCAGCAGGCCUGCUCACCAUUUUGACCUAAGACUGAAGCACUGAAUGCUUCCAGUAUUUUGAGAUGGGAUCCCAGAGAGAUCUCUCAUCCCUUCCACUGUGUGAAGAUACAGUGAGAAGACAGCCAUGUAUGAACCCAGAAGCGGGCCCCUCACCAGACACCAAAUCUGCCAGCGCCUUGGUCUUGGACUCCAACCUCCAGAACCGUGAGAAAUAUUGUGUAGCCAGAACAGAAUAAGGCACCGGCUCUUCUGUAAAGCAGGGUCUGCGUGUGUGAGGAAGGGGACGGUGGUAAUGGAGCAAUGGGGACCUGUGGGGUGAGGUGGGCACAGUGUCGUGUUCUUGAAACUUUACUCCCGUAAAGUCUCCUAUGACCUUCCUGGAAAGAAGGUCAUUCUGGCCUCUGCUCGGCAAACGGCGAGGGGCUCAUUCUCUGAGAUGCGGAGACCUCGCUCCAUCCGUCAUCCCCUGGUGUGUCAGAGGUUGUGACAGAAAUACCAGACGCACUUUAAUUGAAUUUGUGGACCAAAAAUGGCCUGACAGGGAAAGCAUGUUGAUAAGAAUCUAUGUUAUAGCUUACAUUUUACAUUAGACGGUACUACUUAGGCACAUAAAAUUCUUUUUUAAAUGGGAUUUAAAAAGUGGAAUGUAUAUGUCUGUGCUCUUGUUUGCUUUUAUCAUAUGGAAGACGAAAGUACUUGACUGCUUGGUCUGGACAGCUGGCAGCCUUAUCCAUCGUUGUCCUCUCUCUCCUGUGUUUUCAGCUCCCUGCCCCCAAGGUUCAGUCUCCAUUUCCCCCUCUACAUGUAAAUGAGUACAAAUCUUAUCUCACCUAUCUUUUGCCCUUGUGCUUCCCCUUAGCCCCUAGUCUACUUCUCUUUUCCUUUCAGUCAAGCUCUUUGAGAUAAGGCUUGAUACUUGGGGUCCACAGCAGCGCCCCUGCUGUCUUUCUCACAACCACCCAUGAAUCCCCAGGCUUCCAUUACUUCCAACCCCCUUGCUGGGUCACCCAUCUCAAAUCCUACAGCAACACUUCAGUCAUUAUCACAUUUGGUCUCCCCCCAAAAAAAAAACAAAAAAAAAAGCUGAUUAUUUCCUUCUUGAGUCUCUUCCCUCCUUCAGAGUCCACGGCCCUACUCUCUGCUGGUUUUCUUCCUAGCUCAGUAAUUCAUUCUCCUCAGCCUUUGCUGAUCCUUUAAAUGUUGGUGUUCCCUGAAGUUCUGUCUUCUGCUUCCUGCUUUUUUGUGCUAUUUACUCAUCCUGGGCCAAACCAUCCACAUCCGGGGGCUCAGCCCUCACCUACGCGCUGAUGGUUUCCAGACCUAUACCCGCAGCCCAGGCCUGCCUUUCUUGGGCUCCACACAUACUUAUCUUCGAAUGUCUCCAUUUAAUAGGUUCCUCAGACUUAGGUCUGUUAACAAAUUAAAAAUAUCAUCUUAACUUUUAAGCUCUGCUCCUUUUGCUUGAGGAACAACACCAUCUGCCCACCCAAGUGAGAAACAGAGACUCAUCCUAGACCUGGCUACACUUAAGUUCCAUCAAUCAGAUCCUCCUAAUAUUACAUUUGACGUGGUUUUUUUUUUUUUUUUUCUUUCUACUGUCUCCACCAGCUACGAUCACUACUGCCUUGGAUUUAGUUCAGACUGUGUCCACUUUUCACCUGGGCCAAUGCCUUCUGGGCUCCCUGCCUUCAGUCUCUCACACUUCCACGUCACCGUACAUCUACUCUCCAGAUGAUCUUUCUCAAAGGUCUAUAUUGAUGUUGUCCAGGAUAGUAGCCUUUAGGCACACACAGCUACUUAAUUAAAAUUAAGUAAAAUUUAAAACGCCUCAGUCAUGCUAGCCACAGUUUAAGUACUUCAUAAUUAGCCCAAGUAGCUAAUGGCUAUCUACUGAACAGUACAGAUAGAGAGCAUUUCCAUCAUUGCAGAAAGUUCGACUGGAUACGACUAUUCUAGAAUGUGAUGUAAUCAUGUCUUCUGUCUGCUUGCUUCCGUAAUGAUUCCCCACAUACUUCAGAUGAAACUCCAGACUCACUAGCUUGGCAAGUAAGUCCCUGCUUUUGGUGCACUCUCCCUGUCGCCGCCCCCUCCACUUGAACCCGUGCCUUCGUCGUGUCAACCCACUGCUUCCAUCCCCACGCCUCUGUGCUUUUGGUUAUGCUGUUUCUGCCGCUCGGGCUGCCUUUCUCUGUCCCUUUAGAACUCUUGUUUGUUCUUCAAACUCAAUUCCGGCAUCAGUCCUUCUGUGAAGCUUUCCCUUGCCUUUCCAGGCAGAGUUUAGGCUCACCUUUUUAUGAUUUCCACUGGCAGCUUAUAGUGCUAGGACACUCAUUGUUAAAAAGAAAAAUCUAUUGAUUCAGCAUGAAAGCCUGCAUAAUACUCCCUUCCCCCAACACAACCAUGUCCUAAUCUCCCAAACUUGUGACUAUGUUACCUUACAUGGUAAAAGCGCCUUUGCAUUUGUGACUGAGUUAAGCAUCUUGAGAUGGGGGAGGUUGUCAUGGAUUAUCCAGACAGGUCCAAUGGUAGAAUCAGAAAGGUUCUUGUAAGAGGGUCGCAGGGAUGUCAAGAUGGAUGCAGGGUUUGGAGUGAUUUACUUUGAAGAUGCAGGAAGGGGCCGUGAGCCAAGGAAUGAAAGUAGCCUCCAGAGGCUCUAAGAGUCAAGGGAACAGAUUCUUCCCUAGAACCUCCAGAAGGAACACAGCCCUGCUGACCCAUUUGGGACUUCUGACUUGUAGAACUAUAAUGAAAUAACUUUAUAUUCUUUUAAAUCACUAAAUUGGUGGUAAUUUGUCACAGCAGCAAUAGAAAACCAAUAUAUUCACCCUUUCAUCUAUCCAUCCAUCCAUCUAUACCACAUACUUCACAUAGAUUUACCGAGUGACUGUCUUGUGCCAGACCCAGUAUUGUAUGCUAAGAAUACAGUAAUGAAAAAGAUCCAAUUAUUGUUGGGGAAGGUGUGAUGUAGGGGCAAGGGAGAAGGCAGGAGUCCUGAAACCUGGAAUUGUGAAGGGCUGCCGUCCAAAGUUGAGGCUGUUUCCUGUAGAGUCAUUAAAGGUCUUUUGCCUUAUUGGAUCAUGAUUGGAUCUUUGGCUGCCCUAAUGUGGAAAUGGGUUGAUGCUCUCACACCAGGAAGAGGCACCAGGCUGCUUGUAAUAUCUAGGUGAGAAAUGAUGAAGGCCGCUAAGAAAGUGGAUCUGGUAAUGUUUGGGUAGCAUUGCAGAGGUAGAAUUGAUGGGGUUUUGUGAUCAAUUAGACACUGUGCCUGAGCGACAGAAUCCAAGAUGACUCUGCUCCAAGAUGACUCUGAGAACGGGUGACUCUAAGCUCAGUGCCUGGCACACAGUGGAUAAGAAACAAUUGUCUUGAAUUGAAUUGUGUGGCAAGAAGACAAUGGAGUAGAUCAUCACUGGGAGGGAAGGAUGAUGCCAAUGAAUCUGCACAGUGGAGGAAAAUAAAUAGAAGAAUGUGUGUGUGUGUGUGUGUGUGUGUGUGUGUGCGCGCGCGCGUGUGUGUGUGUGCAGGGUGCUAGGAGAAGGAUGUGAAAUGUGUGCCCUGCCACCCCGUAUGAUUUUUACUGCCCAAUUUAAGCUUUUGUGCUUUAAACCAGAACCAUGUUCAGGGAGAAAAUUGAGAAAACCAUACAACCACCUUGAAGAUGUCAGAUUUCUCCCAAUGGCGAGUUUAGCUACUGUUUUGAUCUGAAAUGGUUUUGAGCAGGGGAGGGAGAACAAGUCGUUUGGGGCGAUUUUUGGUGCAUUUGUUGUAUCGCUCUGGAAGGAGGGUAAUGCCUCUGCUUUCUUCCUCUACGCAUUCCCCUGUGCUGUGGGCAAGCCUGAUGUCCAAACCCAGGAGUCUUCUCUGGCACCGUGUGGGAUUAUUUAGGCCCCCCGUGCCCAAGACCAGUGACCACAUGGUGCUGAAUGUUUACUAUAUUGAAAGCGUACUUAGGAUUUCUGCUCCUCAGAGUGGCAUCCUGUUCCACACUGAUGGGAAGAUAGACACAAUUAUUUAGCAAAGGCCCUGAAGCCCUGGUUUCCCACCAGCCUUGCUCUGUGGCGUAUUGACUGUGUCCCCAGUCGAGUAGAGCCCGUGGCGAGUGAAAAAUCUCUUCUUUGAUUUGAAUAAACCUCUUCUUUGAUUUGUGUUCACGCAGAAUGUUAUUCUUUUUUUUUUAAGUUUUUAAAUGUUUAUUUAUAUUUGAGAGAGAGAGAGAAAGAAAGAGAGAGAGAGAGAGAAAGAGAGCCUGAGUGGGGGAGGGACAGAGAGAGAGGGAAACAGAGAAUCUGAAGCAGGCUCCAGGCUCUGAGCUGUCAGCACACAGGGCUUGAGCCCACACGAGCUGUGAGAUCAUGACCUGAGCUGAAGUUGGACACUUAACCGACCGGGCCACCCCUAUUCUAACAGAUAUUUAUUGUGACUCUGUGGACUGAGGGAAGGGGAAGAGUCUUAUGGUCUAGUUAGUUUGGAAAAGUUUGUGUUUAACAAAUGUACGGAAGUCUGCAGGACUUCUCAGAAGCUUUACUUUACAAAUAUAUCCUGUGAAUAUCUGAGAGAGAGGUAAAGAUUUUCCUAAACCUAUUUGACUCCAGAGCACUAUGAAAAUUAUGUGGCAAAGUGUUCCAUGCAACAGAAUUUGUUCAGAAAGUGUUGUCCUACUGAAGUAGCAGAUGUCCAAGAUGUUCCUGUAUGCCCAGCACACUCAGCAGGAGGCCACGAUGAUGACAUUGAGCCAUUAGCCAUCUUCACAAAGCCUCCGAUGGGCAUGACUUGCUAAAGAUAGACUGAGAUGUUAAUCGGAUGAAUUUUGUUGCUGUCGUUCUGACACUUUUAGUUUGGGUUUGGACUCACUUUGCUGAUGAGCCAGGAUGCAGGUCUAAUUCAGAGGCACUUCUAUCACUGUUCCAUACCUUACCACACGCAUCAUCUCCUUCCCCCUCCCCUCAACUGUCUUCUUAUAAUAAAACAAUCCAUGCUGGUUUCCUUCUUAAAAAUUGUUUUAAAAAUACUGCGAAAACACUAGGUCAUUUUCUUUGGGUGUCGGAGCAUAAUACAAUAGUAUCUUAUUACUUAUGUUCUGUGUUUCUUAAUCCUCUGUGACUCCAGAUACAUAGCAUUUUGUGGUUUGGGGGGAUUUUUAUCAUCUGGAAUUUCAUUUGAUCCUUAAAACAACUUCCUAAGGAGGAGAUGGUGAAAUCAUGUUGUCUUAGUCUGUUUGAGCUGCUAUAACAAAGCACCGCAGACUGGACGGCCUAGAAGCAGCAGAAACUUUUUGCUCCCAAUUCUGGAGGCCAGAAGUCCAAGAGCAGGGUGCCAGCAUGGUGAGAGUACGGGUGAGAGCCCCCUCCUGGAUUGGAGACAGCUGCCUUCCUGCUUCGUCCAUACAGAGUGGACUAGGCUAGGGGUCUCUUUCAUAAGAGCACUAAUCCCAUUCAUGAGAACUCCACCUUUGUGACCAGAUCACCCCCCGAGGCUCCCAGCUCCUAACACCUGUCACCCUGGGCAUUAGGUUUCAACAUAAUGAAAUCUGGAAGGACACAAACAUUCAGCCUAUAGCGCCCAGUGUAUACACAAGUGAAGCAAAUGACAUAUUUGGGUGCUUAGUUUAUGGAACUAAGCAUUUUACAUACCUGAGCUGG